CCGGAUCUGCCCCGCUGCCGUCCGUUUCCAAGGGACGUCAACGGAUGGGGUUUCUUCCUCUCAGCCUCCACCACCCGCGGGCUCACCGGUGAUGGACCUGCUCAGCAUGUAGGAUUGCGUGCUUCCUGGCGAGGUGGUCGUGUCUUGCCCGACGCGCCCUCGGCUGUCGAGUCUUUUUCCUCGGCGCGCCGUCCUCCAGUACCUCUGUCGUCAUUUGUACCACCGUGCGCCACUGCCCGUUCGCGUGAACCAUCCAGAUUUUUUUACUUAAUGAUGGUAUGUGUAGCCAUCCUCCCUGGGGCUCCAAUCUGUGAGUAUGUUGGUGUGUUGCCGAGGACUGGAGAGAAAAGGUCAGGGUCUGAUAUGCAUAUGCCAUCACUUCAUGUUGAGAACAAUUCCGAGGCAACACCGGCACCCGAGUACUGCAUCGAUGCUGGCUCCGUUGGAAGUUUCGCAAGGUUCAUAAACCACGGCUGCAACCCUAACCUCUUCGCCCAGUGUGUCCUAACCAAUCACCACGACAUCAAGCUAGAAAAGGUGAUGCUUGUUGCUGCCGACAUGGUAGCACCUAACAUCGACAACUGCGAUGUCAUGAACUCCCUCGCAAUUGCCGAAUAUGUCGCUGAAAUUACAACUUCUACAGACAGACCAAGGAGUUGAGUUGUGAGGCCCCCACCGACAUGACACACCAAACUGAUAUCAAUGAGAAAAGGCGUAGUAUUCCCAUUGACUGGUUGACUGAGGUGCAGUACAAGCUUGAGCUACUAGGUGAAACACUAUUCCUUGUUGUCAACAUCAUUCAUAGAUCAAUGCAUAGAAAAACAUGUCUCGAUUUUUCUCUUGAAUGGAACCUGCAAGUUUCUCAACUGUUUAGUGAAUCUUACCUUGAAAAGAACUAUAAAUACUACAUAAAGUAGAGUAAGACAAUGACAGUUAAUUGGAAUAUUGAUUUUGAGAGGAUAUUUAUGGGUUUAGAUCUCUGUAAUUACAUAUUACUUUCCUUGCUGAUGCUAUUGCUCAUGACUAAAAAGCACGGACAUGGCAGGAAUUGCCGAUUGGCUGUUUUUGGAAAAUGCCGUAUCCCGUAUCCCCGUAUGCGUAUCCCCAACUUUCCGUCCCUGUGUCCGUGCUUUUUAGCCUCAUGUUAUAAAAUUGCCCUACAUCGCACACAUGGUUUUUAGCAGAGAACAGUGUCAUGAUUUAUAAAUUACACUUAUAAACAAAAGAAACCAUUUUAUCACUCCUGCAGUCCACAAGAAAGAGAAAAAAGAACUUCCACCAUAAUCUUUGUCUUCCUACUUACUUUUACUGACAAAUAAAAACAACUAUGAAGGAAUAUUUUCAAAAAAUAGAUAAAGAUCCUUUUCAGUUUGAAAUGCACAACUCCCAACUUGUCUUUUACUUCUGUUCUAUGCAUGUACAAGAUGAUCUAUAAAGGAAUCUUUUCAGACAAUGGAUAAAGAUCCUUUUCACUUUGAAAUAAACUAUAAAGGAAUCUUUUCAAAAAAAUAGAUAGAGAUCCCGCUGAAUGGUGUUGUACUUGUACAUACUGGAAUUGUAGUAAAACAAAGUGAUGGAUGGUCAUGGUCUACAAGAUGAUCUGCAUGAAUUCAUCUCCAGGGUAAAAGAGCCAAUCAUCAUGCAAGAUUAGUGGCGGAGACAAGGGGGGGGGGAGCAGGGGCCUGCCCCCCCUAUCGAUGGACGAGACGCGAAGCACAGCAUGUGGAUUACUGAUAUUAUUUCAUGUAAACAAGCACUUGCCCCCCCUAUCAUGUGAAUUCUGAAAGAAGGAAAUAGCCCACGUAAAAGCCCAUUAGUGAGUCAUUUUCAAGUCCUUGGGAAAGGCUACAUUGGCCUCGCUAAAGGCUGGGCAUUCUCUCCGUGAUUAGCGUGUGUGUGCGGAUUAGCGCUACACCGCCACUGUUCUGUACCCUGUGCCCUCUCCUCUCCUCUGCUUUCCCCAUCCGUCGAUUCACAGGGCGACGCAUGCUGAUUCACUGGCCAAUUCUUCAGGUCCAGCCAACGAACUAGAUGAGGUUAAUACAUCAAACCUGUUUUGCGGGGUAGUUAAUACAUCAAACUAUCUGCUAAUCUCUCUUAA